GAAGCAUUUUUGCGCUUGAUUGAGCUCAGCGGCUUCUCGCUGUCCAAGGCAGGUAUUAAAAGCACCUUAGUUUUUCGAGGGGAGAAGUUUCUGAAGGCACAUAACGCAGAGCUGUCCGUGCUUCUGUGUGUCUGUGUGUUUGUGCGACGUCUACUCUUCUCUUCCUUCACAUAUAUAUAUUUGCAGGUCUUCCUCAGUUACUUAGUAACGCCGCCUUUUUCACGGCACUGCCCGUUUAGCUCAUCAUGCUUCGCUUCACCCAGUCCCUGCUGCGCGUCCAGUCGCACCAGAAGAAGCGCGCACAGCACCCCAACGCCGGCACCCGCUACGGCCGCGUGUACAACCGCGGAUUCAUUCGUUACGGCUUUGGUGGCUUCGGCAUGUCCGUGUACACGCCGAAGAAAGACCGACGGUUCAAGGUGUUGCCGCCGCCUCCGGUGCCCACCGCGGAGGCGAGGCAGCGAGACGUGUUCGCCGACAACAGCGCACUGACCGCCACGACGCGCACUCUGUCACCGACAUUUCGCAUGUUUGCUCUCGAGGACGGCGGCGUGCUUGUCUCCCACCCGUCCCACUCGCAGAUCAUGCGGUGGAAUCAGGGCGUUCUGACGGAGGAGGGCAAAGCGACAAACAACACGGUGAUGGACGAGUACGUGAAUUCCCGCAUCCAGGCCAUCAUCGCCGACAACACGGUAGAGAACGCGUCUCUUAGUCAGUGGCGUAAGGCGCACAUGUGGAACAUUAUCAAGUCGCACGGCAACCUGCAGCGACGCUGGGGUACGCCCGAUUACGUUAAGGGUGGCCGCAGCACGCUGUACAACAACUAA